AUGCCGCGCGCGGCGGUAUCCUGCGUUUUCGCGGCGGCAGCGCGCGCGCGAGGGAGCGGAUCCCUUCGCUCCGCCCGUCGCGCGCGCGCGUCGCUCGCGUCGUCGUCGUCGUCGUCGUCGUCGUCGAACGAGGCGCCGCCCGUCGACCCGUACCUCGAGCAGAAGAAACAUCGAUUGUCGUGGAUGCACUGGCUCCACGACAUCCCGAAACACCGCGCGUGGGCGGCGUCGUGGCAGCGCGACGUCCAGGACCGCCUCCGCGCGACCGAGACCGUGCGCCUCGGCGUCGACUGCUUCAUCGCGGAGGACGCGCACAUCUUCGCGGAGCCGGGAAGGGACGUCGUCGUCGGCGACCGAUGUAAGAUCGCGUCUCACGUCUACGUCCACGGGCCGGUCGUCUUGGGGAACGACGUCUCGAUCAACGCGCGGUGCCACUUCGAGUCCGGCGCGGGAGGCGUCGUCGUCGGCGACGACGCGCGGAUCGGCCCGGGCGUGCACGUCUACGCGUUCGAUCACGUGUUCGACGACGCGGACGUCCCGGUGAAGGAUCAGGGCGUUCGAAGCGUCGGCGUCGUCGUCGGCGCGGACGUCUGGAUCGGCGCCAACGCGUGCGUGGACGGCGUCGUCGUGGGCGAUCACGCCGUCGUCGGCGCGGGCGCGGUGGUCACGCGGGACGUCGACGCGUACGCGAUCGUGGCGGGGAACCCGGCGCGAAAGAUCGGCGACCGGCGGACGCGCGCGGCGGAGAGAAGGGCGGCGGCGGCGGGAGAGGAGAAGCGCGAUCGCGAUCGGAAGGAGGAGGAGGAGGAGGAGGAGGAGGCGCGCGCGUGA